AUGAAAAACCUGUUCUUUAAGCACAAGCAAACCAUCGCUAAUUUGUACUUCGAGAAAGUCAGUAACUGGCUCACCGAAUGUCCAGACAUCCAAGACAUCUCCACUGAUAAACUCUCGCUUCACCUUACGGAGACCAAAGACUCUUCCGACAUAUCCGUCUGCCAACCCACCAAAGCAAAAAUAAUAGUUGCAAACGCAGGGAAGAAAACAACGCAAAUUUCCUUUGAAAAAAACAUGAAAAGCUCUUCGCGAUUUUCGUUUCGAUCGGAACCCUCGACUCUUAAACUUCGCCCAAAUGAGGCGUUUGAGUUUACUCUUGAAUUUACACCACUUUGCACCUGUAAAGUGUCCGAAGCUAUUUUUUUGGUGACAACAACAAAGAAGCUGGUUCAGAAACAGCCCGUCAAGGUCGAGUUUCAGAGCAAAAAGAGUCUUUCUGUCGACUAUCAGGAUAUUGACGAAAAGGAGUUUCUCGGCAUCAAUGAGUUCAAAGACUUUGUGUGGCGCGGGAAAUUCCGAGGUUGUGAUGUUGUUGUUGAUAACAGGUCUGAUGAGUCUAAGGUGUUAUUUGAGCGUGAAAUUGGGAUAUUAAAAACACUGAAUUAUCAGUACAUUAAUUACUUUGUUGGAGCUUGCCAUAUCCCACAUCAUGAAUGUAUAUUAACUGAAGACAAUGGUAUUGGGACAUUGAAGGAUGUCAUUCAGUUACACGCAAUGCCAGAGUUGUCUGUCAGAGUGAAACUUUGUCUUGAUAUAGCAAAAGGAUUAAAUUUCAUUCAUAAGAAUAACGUCAUUCAUAGAGACAUUAAACCGGAAAAUAUCAACGUCAUCUCUUUACUCGAUAAAAUGGAAGUCAACGCUAAGAUCUCUGGGUUCUCAAAAGCUCGUACGUAUCAGGCCUUUAAGUCGUGCGACAACUUCUCAGAAGAAGUUGGAACCCCUUUAUAUAUGUCUCCAGAACUCGCAAAUCAUAAGAAUUACUCGACGGCAACGGAUAUCUUCUCUUUUGGUAUUACUAUGGUCCAAAUACUGACUUGGGACUUGUCAGUCAAUGCUAAUGGGUCAAGAAAAUUACUUAAGGAAGAACAAUUUGAAAACAGCUUUGUCCCUUCACAAUUAACUCGUGUAAUCCUUGGCUGUCUUAAAAAAGACCAGAAACAAAGAGUUACUAUCGACACAAUUUUGUUAUCUUUGAGAGAGAACAAUCACACUAUUUUGUAA